AGAGAGAGAGAGAGAGAGAGAGAAAGCCGUGAAAGAUAAAUAAAGGAAGGAAGGAAGGUAGGAAAGAAAGAAGGCGAUAAGGAAUGAGAAGGAAGGAAGGAAGGAGGAAAGGAAGGAAGGAAAGAUUGUUGUCAUAAUGAACGAAGAGAAGAAAAGAAGGAAGGAUAAGAAAGGAAAGGAAGAAAGGAAGGAGGGUAGGAAGGAAAGAAAGAAAGGAUGAAGGAAGGCAGACAAGAAAGGAAGUUUUAGGCGUAAUGAGAGAAGGAAGGAAGAAAGGAAGACUAGUAAAGGAAGGGAAGAAGGGAAGAUAAAGAAAGACAGACAGGAAAGGAAGUUUGUUUAGACAUAAUGAAAGAUGGAAGGAAGGAAGGGAAGGAAGGAAGGAAGGAAGGACGAAGACAGGAAAGAAAGAAGAGAUCGAAGGAUAAAAACGAAUGGAAGGAUGACAGGAAAGAAGUUUAUUUAGAGAGAGAAGGAAGGAAGGAAAGAAGGACGAAGGCAGGAAAGAAGAGAUCGAAGGAUAAUAGGAGGAAAGGGAGAGAGAGAGAAGGAAGGAAGGAAGGAAAAAGGCAGGAAAGAAAGAAGAGAUCGAAUAGAGAUAGCUCGGACAGAAAGAAAGAAUGAAAGCAGGAGAGGCGAGGCAGGUUACACCACCCCGCACACGCCUUGCAUGACACUCCCUCGCAUGCAUGACAGAUAACUCUUGCAUGGCGCCUCUGCACUGCCCCUCCACCCCAGCAGGCACCCCGCACCCCACCGCCCAAAGAGUCAGUGACCUGGAGAGCUGACAAGGGGAUGAUAAGGUCACUGUCUCCCCGCACAUCACUCAGCACUCCACUCAGCACGGCAGGUCAACACUCAGCGCUGUAAUGUCGCCUCGCCAUGCUGACUCCAUGGCUCCUGCAGCACAUGACACGCCUAGCACCAAAGAGGGAAGUAUGUGCCCCGCUGCGUGCUGGUGGACCUGGAGCCCGGGACCAUGGACUCCGUGAGGGCAGGACCACUGGGACACCUCUUCAAGCCUGACAACUUCGUAUUCGGCCAGAGCGGGGCAGGAAACAACUGGGCCAAGGGUCACUACACAGAAGGUGCCGAGCUUGUGGACUCAGUGAUCGAGAUGGUGCGUAAUGAGUCUGAAAACUGCGACUGUCUUCAGGGAUUCCAGCUGACGCACUCCCUGGGGGGCGGCACGGGCUCUGGCAUGGGCACACUGCUCAUCUCACGCAUCAGGGAGGAGUACCCGGACAGGAUCAUGAACACCUUCUCCGUCAUGCCCAGCCCCAAGGUCUCGGACACCGUGGUGGAGCCCUACAACGCCACACUGUCAGUCCACCAGCUGGUCGAGAACACGGAUGAGACUUAUUGCAUUGACAACGAGGCUCUGUACGACAUCUGUUUCAGGACGCUCAAGCUCUCCACGCCCACGUACGGGGACCUCAACCACCUCGUGUCCCUCACCAUGUCCGGCGUCACCACGUGCCUGCGUUUCCCGGGCCAACUCAACGCGGAUCUGCGCAAGCUGGCCGUUAACAUGGUGCCCUUCCCCCGCCUCCACUUCUUCAUGCCUGGUUUCACGCCCCUCACUGCCAGAGGGUCCCAGCAGUUCCAGAAGAUGUCAGUGCCGGAGCUCACCACGCAGAUGUUUGACGCACGCAACAUGAUGGCAGCCUGCGACCCCCGCCACGGCCGCUACCUCACCGUGGCCACCAUCUUCCGAGGCCGCAUGUCCAUGAAGGAGGUGGACGAGCAGAUGCUGAAGGUGCAGAACAAGAACUCAGCCUAUUUCGUGGAGUGGAUCCCCAACAACGUGAAGACCGCCGUGUGUGACAUUCCACCAAGGGGGAUGAAGAUGGCUGCCACCUUCAUCGGGAACUCCACCGCCAUCCAGGAGCUGUUCAAGCGUAUCUCAGAGCAGUUCACGGCCAUGUUCCGGCGCAAAGCUUUCCUGCACUGGUACACGGGCGAGGGCAUGGAUGAUAUGGAGUUCACGGAGGCGGAGAGCAACAUGAACGACCUGGUGAGCGAGUACCAGCAAUACCAGGACGCCACCACCGACGACUUCGAGGACGAGGAAGAAGAGGAGGAGGAGCAGGAAUACGCUUAGAUGGUUGACGCGCGCCUCCUGUUCGUCUUUUGUUUUGACUUCUUCGCUUUCUUUGUUUUUGUUGUUGUUGUGGUUGUUACUUUUUUAAUUUCGUUGUUUUAUUUAUGUGUUUAUUUGUUUGUUUAUUUAUUUAUUUUUUUUGGUAGGGGUGUGCUUGAAGGGAUUUGAUAUUCGUAUGUCUUUUUUUUUUGCGUUUUCUUUGUUUUUAUUGUGUUCGUGGUUGUUGUUUUCGUUGCUUUUAGUUAUUUUUUUUUUCUUAAUGUUCAACAGGAGUACGCUUGAAGGAAUGUGACACUGGGACGUCUUAUGUUUGUCUUCGUUUUUGUUGUUGUGCUUGUUAUUUUCAUUUUUUUUUUAUAUUAGCUUUUCUUUCUUAAUACUGAACAUGAGUAAGCUUUUUGUUUCUUCUUCGUUUUCUUUGUUUCUUCUACGUUUUCUUCGUUUUCUUUUUUUUUUCGUUCUCUAUUUUUUCAUUAACUUUUUCCUUCUAUAUGUUGUUAGUGGAAAGUUUCUGAGUCUGUCUCUUCUUGUUUUCACGUAAGAAUGUUGUUUUCUUUAACGGAAUACUGCUUGUGAAGGAUUCGAAUAAAUUGUUAAGGUGUUUUUAGAAGAUACGAUACGAUGACUUGGGGUUCCGACGUCUCUGGUGUCUCAUCUUUACUCCUACUACUACUACUACUACUACUACUACUACUACUACUACUACUACUACUACUACUACUACUACUACUAGUUUUCCGUUUUUAAUAGGCUGCAGGGAAAGUCAUUCAGGUUUUCAAGGGAGUUUUCAUGAUCCUAGUGAUAGUUUAGCAAGGAUUCUACACUUUUAAACAAGCUCUAGUGGAAGUUGUUAGAAUCUUCAAAGGUGUUUUCAUGAUUCCACUGUUUGAAGAAGCUCUAGUGGGAGUCGUUAGGAUUUUAAAGUGUAUUUUCACAAAUCAAGGCUUUUAACAGGCUCUAGAGAAAGUUAUUAGGAUUUCAAGGAUGUUUUUAUGAUCCUAGUAAUAGUUUAGGAAGAAUUCUACAUCACUAGUGGGAAGAAAAACACCCAAGAGAACCUGACUGACCAUCUCUGCGGCCUUUGAAAACAGUCCUGCUGAGGGAACAAGGCGCCUCUGAAUGCAGCUCUGGUGGAGGUUGUCAAGGGGUUUUCAAGGGUGUUUCCAUGGUGUCCAGUCCUCCUUGUCAAAUUCCUGUGGCUUGUAUUACAACAGGAAUGAUACACAGACUAAUAGCUUUCCAUUAUCACAUCCUGAACUUUCUUCGUUUUCGUCAGAGAGUGAAAAAGAAAACGUGAUUGAAGAUGUUACUCGUUUUCUCAGUCAUGUCUUUUAUGGGGGCCUUAAAAAAUUUGUUUGCUUUGUAUUUGGCGUCCCUUGAGGAGACAGCAGACAACAGACAGCUGGUGGUACAGUACACAAUACUUUGCAGACAACAGAGAACAGACGGACAGGCGGACAGGUUGACAGAAACAGCACACACUCAUUUCAUUAGCAGACAGAAAAGACACCACACAAGACAGACAGACAGACAGAAUGACACAGACAGAUAGAAACGCCGCACAAGUUGGAACUUGAAGAGAAAAUUAUGAAAUUGAAUAAAACUUGAUGAACUAA